CACUCACCGGUACAAGCGGAAGAAUAAAGUAAAGUAAGUAAAGAUGAAGAGUUAUCUUUAAAAUCUUAAUAAAAUCCGACUUCCAAUUAUUGGGGUUUUUUUAAUACUCCGUUGCAGGAUCCGACUUUGAACUCCUUAGAGAUUCCAAAUGGCGUACGUUGACGGAGUGAUCUCCUUGCGCAGGCAGCAGACACGUACUUCCGUCCCGCACUGCAUCCGACUUCUGCCAGAAAAUCGGCCACAGAAUCGCGCCGAGGCUCUAGCCUAUCGUCUGCUUUGGCCUGACGACCCACGAGCGUACUUGGACCACGAAGGUAGGUAUCUCUACGACACCAGACCGCUAGCUAUGAGGUUGGAGGACGCAAAGAAGGACAGAUGGAGGAGACUGCAGGACAUCCAGGAUAAGUUGGAGAUUGUAAAGACAUUGAUGGGAGCAGAAGACGAUCAAAGGCCUCCGUGUGUUGUUGACUUUGACGUGAUGAGGCACCGGAUGACAAAAGCUCAUAAGAAAACAGCUCGAGAGAACAGAGGCGAGCGCAAAACAUCACAGCCUACGCGCACACGCAAAAUCCACCACUAUGAUAAAACAACGCUGUCAGUCUAA